CGCAGGUCCAGGGUAACAGACGCUUUCAGUCAGCACUGUUCUUGCUCCCCAGGGGUUGCCCUACCACCCACCGGGAAGAUACUAUACUUGGGACAGCAUCCCUGCAUCAGACUCGGUCAGCUGGUCGCCAUUCCUCAGGACACCUGGUUACACCUGUGUGUGGAUAGAGUGCGGGUAAUGUAGACGUUUGACCGGAGAAGGCCUUCCCUGAGAACGACAUGAAGUGUCCGAUAGCCUCGUCACCAUGGCUGGCUAUAUGUUCGGUGCAUUUAAUGCUGAUGCGAGAGACUCUAGCCCGUGCUGUCAUAGAAACUGAAAGCGCAGAUAGCAAAAGCCAGUCUGUGGAGAGUCCAAGGCUUGGAGUAGAGAUCGCGCUGUAUGUGGGCCUGGCCUCACUGGUUGUAAUAUUGGCCGGUCUUUUGUUAUAUUGCAUCACAUGCAUACAGGGAACAAAAAAGCGGCACAAACCUGUCAGACGUUAUAACAAGCCGGCAACCAUCAUAAUCAAACCAGCCAGAAUGAAGAGCCACCAUCAACAAACCCGCGUUAUGCGGCCAGUAGAACCUGUACACCCUGCCGUUCUGGACGAAUAUGAAACCCAUUCGCUAACCAUGUACAUUCCACCCGAAGACUAGUCACUAAAUCAUGUGACCUCAUCUACAUACUCCACUCGCAUACUGUAAGGUGUCCCGGCUUCCUAUCCCAAGCCAGUAACAUUGACACGACACAUUCUGAAGGACUUUCGACUAAGAACCUCUAGCUUCUAGCGUAAAGGCAAACUUAUGAAGUUUGGUUCAAUUAUCUAUAUGGUAUAGGUUCGCGUAUGUUUUUUUCAGAAGUACAUAUACAUGUAUCCGAACGAUAGCAUCGGCUGUAAUCUCAGAGGACAAUUGAAGUUAACUACAUUCUAUUAAAAUAUGCUCAAUAUGCGAAUGAAGAGAAUGCAGUUCCGUAAGGAAACUUGUGAACCGAAGGGAUAUAAUGAAAAUGCGCGAAGUUUAUCUUAAUCAUUUUUUUGAACACGUGGCUCGCCCUACCUAUCAUUGCACUACUACAAUUAACAACGCAUAUGUGAUAACCGACAAAACAGCUAAUGUUGUGAACGUAUCGGUAUCCCGUCGCAGAAUGACUGUGGGUGACCGUUGUUAGUAACUUUGAGUAGAGUCUGUUAUGUAAAAAUUUGUCCUGGGGUAAUAGGCGUAUGGUACGCUAUAGUGGGCAGUAACUGUUACAAAACGCUGGUCGCCGUCGAUAAUAACUGCUUGUUGUGAGUUUUUAUUUAUCUUUUACACCGAUAGAUGCGCUAGGAAUGCUACGAAACCGUAAAUGUGACACAACACAUACCAUUUAUUAGGAAAACCAAAAAGUACAAAAAACGUUUCACGCAUUUAAAUUCUUUUUUCGCUCGCAAGAGGUGCGCUUGAGAUCAUUAUGAUGCUUGUGCGCACAAGAUCUUUAUUAGAUUGUGCUCUUGAGACGAGAUAAUUAUAUUAUUUGCUCAAGGUCUUUAUUAUGUAGUUCGUACAAGAUCUUUACGUUGCGUGUUCUCGACUACUUGACCUAUUCAUGUGAACGGCAAAAUUCUGUACUGCCAUUGGUCAUUUCUCUCAAGCCCCCCUGAAUCUUAGUAUGUCAGUCAUGUCAGUGUUAAUGUUUGUUCUCUUCAAGAACUGCUUAACCCAUGCCUCUUCUACGCUACAUAAGUUACCCGACGCGCACAGGAAAUCGGUACAAAGUCCAGUUUUCUUCUAUAGCUGUGUAAUGGAACUUCACAUCAGCUGGUACCUCUCAAAAUAUUUGGCAUGUAUGCUUAUGUCAUGAAAUCAUCCGUCGCUGUCCUUUCAUGAAACUUUGAAAACAAAAUUUCUCUUAGUUUAUAUAGACAAUUUUCGUGUUUAACUACAAAAGUUACAAAACUUGUUUCACGAAAUUUCGAGGCUACAGUCUAUAUAUGGAGAGAGUAUCUGUAUUCAUGGAGUGACUUAUUAGGUUAAUAGUGUAGAACAGUGUGUAGUAUUGGUAAUAGGGCUCAAUUACAGUUACAGAUAAUAUUCCGGCAAAGGUAUCACUGUU